UAUGAAGGAGUGCUGUAGGGAGCAUUGUAGCUGUGAUGUGGUAUGUGUGUGACUCAUUGUCAGAGUUUGAAAACAGCGGCAUCUGAUAAUUUCUCAAGCGUUUUUCAUGUUUAAAGAAAUGUAGAGGUUAAAUGAUUUUAUUCGCCCUUUACCAAAAGGUCAGGAAUAAAACCUUCACAGUGGAUUUAUACACGAACGGACUUUACCUCAUCUACAGAAGUUAAAAGAGCCGAGUGCUCUCUGGGCUCUGAGGGAGAGGAUGAGGGGUGUGUGUGGGGGACGGAUGUGAAGGAUGAAAGACAUGAACAUGACAAGAUGAGUCUGACAGCCAGCGAGGGCACGGAGGCUGGAAGUCCUGCUCGUUCGACCCGAGGCCACAGUCUGAGCCCCUCGCUGGAGCACUGGGAUGAGACAGAGAACACGACCCUCCCGAGUACCACCGGAGAUACAGAGCCCAGCAUGUACACACAGAAAGAUGCCCGUGUAGAGGAGGACUGGGCUCGAUAUGACUUCCUCAUGCAGCUGAGAAAAGUGUCCCAGCAACACAACGGCUCCAUCGCUUCCUACCACAUGGCAGGACCACAGGACGACACACCGUCCACCUUGUCACCAGGUGUUCAGGAGUCACCUGAGGGAAAAGACCCCGGGAGUCCUGAUCCUACAGGGACAGAAAUGCACGUGUGUCCAUUUUGCCAGCGGUCAUAUCAGCGGGGCAGCUAUCUCAAGGAACACAUGAAGCUGUGCCAAAGGGAGAGAGGACACAGUGUGUGUUCACUCUGUGGCUACAGCACUCCAUUCAGAGCACAGAUGGAGAGGCACAUGGCACUACACACCCAGGUUAAAGAGAAGAUUUCUGUGUCUGACCCUAACAUUGAAAACCGGAAGUUUAAGUGUACACAGUGUGGAAAAGCUUUUAAGUACAAGCAUCAUCUUAAAGAGCAUUUACGCAUUCAUAGCGGUGAGAAGCCCUAUGAGUGCUCUAACUGUAAGAAACGUUUCAGUCACUCAGGCUCCUACAGCUCACACCUGAGCAGCAAAAAGUGUCUCAGUGGAGGCGGAUCAGGCAACGGCACAUAUUUCAAUGGCCACUCUCACCCUGCUUACCUGUUCCCAUCUCCGACUUCGCCUCCUGUAGUUGGAAGCAAGAAUGGUAACAGAGGAAAGAGCUCUCCAUAUGCCCCACUGAGUCAUUGCUUUACAGAACAGCUAGCCAACCAGGGGCAGGACUCUCUUGCUUCUGCCCUCCAAGCUUCGGAUCUAAGCCGACCGUGGGAUUCUGUUGCAGCCAUGAGGAUGGGGGUGUUUAAAGGGACUACACUUUUGCCCUUACUGCACUCUGGUGGCAAGUUUGAACAGCUCCUGCAGGAAAUGCUCCGAAAAGAAGUUGGGAAGGAUGAGCAGCCAGGAAGAAGGCAGGAAAAGGAAGAGGACAAGACAGAAAUGAGAGACCGAGAGAAAAAUGAUGCACCCGUCAGUGCGGUAUCAUGUCAGCAGUGCUUCCAGCUGUUUCCAAAUGAAGUUGUUCUAAAGCAGCAUGAGAGAUACCUGUGCAAGGGAAAAGAUGAGCAAGAUGCUGUACAGAUGCACUACAACAAAGAUGGAGCACCGCUUAACUUCUCACGUAUCUCCCAGAAUGACACACAGAAAACUCCCACCACUCCUAAUGGAAUGACCAGAGCGCUCUCUUCUCCACAGCGGACAUCCUGGCAUUCACUUCCACAGCAGCUCCUUGUGCCACUGCAGUCACCUUUGCACUUCCACUCUGAACAUGCACCUGCCUACUGGCCAAACAGAAAGACAGACAGUCCUGGAAAUUCCAGCGUCAUGAGCCCGAUCUCGCCCUCACUACAGGAACAGCGACGUCCAGGCUUCAGCUCUCCAUCAGGCUCAUCACCAUGCCAGCCUUUUCAACACAGACCAUCACCCAGAUCAGAAGGUUCUCAGAGCGAACCCCUAGACCUCUCCAUUCCCAAAGUACGUAAAGGCUCAGAGCCUGCCGCAGACUGCAACGGCAGCUCACCAAAGCUGGACCACAGGGAUGUGGAGCAUAUGAGCAGAAGGUUAAGCCCAAUAUCACAUCACGAAGCAGGCGGGGCCUAUAGACCUUUAUUUGGAAGUGCAGUUUUCAGUAACUACCCCUAUUUUAAUCCCAUCAUGUCAAGUAGUCUUUCAGCAAUGGGGCAUAAUGGCCUGACAUCAAUUCCUCUAACGCCUCCAGCACCCAGCACUGGGUUUCUCUCCUCCAUAGCCUAUAUGAUGGAGACAGAGAAUGAGACCAUGCUGAAAAGAAUGCAUCAGGAAAUGAAUGUCAUGGGUGAUGCUAGAGCUCGAGGAUGUCUGGACUAUCUCUCUCUGAUGGAGGAGGGGCUGGACGGAGACCAUGGUUCAGGGAGAAAAAGACUCAGGAAGACAGAUGAAGGAUUAUAUGCUUGUGACAUCUGUGAUAAAAGCUUUCAGAAGAGCAGCUCUUUGCUGAGACAUAAAUAUGAACACACAGGAAAGCGACCACAUGAGUGCAAGAUCUGUAAGAAAGCAUUUAAACACAAGCACCACCUGAUCGAGCACAGCCGGCUUCACUCUGGAGAAAAGCCGUAUCAAUGUGAUAAAUGUGGCAAGCGAUUCUCACACUCAGGCUCCUACUCACAGCACAUGAACCACCGUUAUGCUUUCUGUGGCCGAGACAAUGAUGCAGAUACGCAGGGAGAGGAGCAGAUUUUGGGGGACACAGCUCUUUACAGAAACACACACAAGCAGCUUCAUCCUGAGACAAGAGACAAUCCUCUCAUGCUGGAGGAAACAGCUACAUUCCUCAGUGAUUCCAGCGUGGACACGGCUCUUCUAGGAUUCAGAGCAGAAGAGGAGGACGAGGAGGAGGAGGAGGAGGAGGAAGAGGAAGAAAGCUCGCUUAGUAAUCAUGCACACAGGAGAAGGGUGGAGAGAAGACUGGCAAUAGAGGACAGAAGUAAACACAUGGAAGAGUCAACUGAAGAUAGUAAGAAGAGAAAUAAGAAGGAGGCUGGAGGACAGGACACAAAAAAUGAUCAUCACAGAAGUGAGAUCAAAGUGGAGAACGACGAGGAACAAAUAGACACGAAACAAGAGUCAGUAUGAAUGCAAUGGAUUGCCAUAUCUAGUUAACUUAGUUAAUUUGCCAAAGAAAAUGUAUAAAAACAAAAAGACAGUAUUGUACAGAACAGAAUUUGAAUGCGUGAAGUGCUUAAAGUUCUGCCUCAUGCCUUUGGAUCUAUGCUGAGUCACAAUAAUAAUACAAAACGUACAAGGGCUACCAAAACUGGAGUGUAUAAUUGGGGCUCACUGAAUACUGUGUACUUUAAAGCUUUUUUAUUUUUUUUACCAAUGACAUUAUCAGAAAGGUAUCCAGGUUACCAAAAGUCACAAACACAAAAGUAUAAUAUUUGUAAUGAGAUACACUUUGUCUUCAUAUGAUCAGUUCCAGUACUUAGUCAUGGGAAUGCAAAAAAAGACCAGAUUUCUUUUGGGGGUUAAUCCAGGUAAGCAACCAUUCAUUCACUUACUUUGUUUCACUAUUGAUGCAUUUCCCCCAAAUCCAUUUAACACUUAUGAGAGGGCCAACAGAUACGAAAGGGCUGAUUCAGAGCAUGCAGGGAUUUCACCAUCAUAAGUAUCUUAACACUGAUGGACAUCUAUAUCUGUACUGUGAAAAACAGUAGUAUGAGAAACAUGAAUAUCAAUUAAAUUCAGCAUUCCAAACAAAUGCAAAAGUAUUUGCACUCUGAUGUCAGGUUGUUUGUCUUAAAGCAUUGUGUCUCUUACCACUAUGACAGAGUCUGUGACAGAGAAAGAGAAGAAUGGUCUAUGUAGGCUGUUUACCUAUGAAAGAUUUGGUAUAUAUAUAUGAAAACUACGCAGAUUGUUGCAUACUGCAUUGCUGCAUGAGACCACAGAGAGUGAGAAAUACGGCAUUACUGAGGCUUGCUAAUGUGUGGCGUUUAACUAUGCACGGGUUUAGAUCCCGCAAUGCACAGCAACUGUAGCAUUCAACUGCUCAAGUUAACUAUAGUGCUUUUUACCAGGUUUGGUUUCAGCUUUAUACUGUUUUUUUUCCUGUUUAACUGUUUGUCUGUCAACAUGUAAAUGUUGCCAAAUGUAUAUGUCUUUAAUCUAUUUAAAUAUUAUGUCUAAUGUGCAUCUGUGUUGCUUUUAUACAAAAUUUGUUAGGCUUUUGUACCAUUUUAUGGAAUUAUUUCAAUGUUUAUACAUUUCCUUACAGUCUAAUAAAGAUGUACAUAUCA